GAACACGACCAAGAAGAAGAAGAAGCAGUAACGGCUCUCUCGUUCAGCUUGGUAACAGGCCCCGCAGAAGAACAGUCGAGAAGUCAUGCCUCGUAUUUAUAUUGGACGGCUGAGCCACAAUGUCCGCGAAAAAGACAUUCAGCGGUUAUUCAGCGGAUAUGGAAAGCUCAUGGAAGUCGAUUUGAAGAACGGCUAUGGAUUCGUGGAGUUCGAGGACAACCGGGACGCCGAUGACGCCGUGUACGAGCUGAACGGGAAGGAGCUGUGCGGGGAGCGCGUGAUCGUGGAACAUGCCCGGGGGCCGCGGAGAGAUCGAGAUGGCCACGGUGGGGGUUACCGGGGUGGUGGGCGCAGUAGCGGUUUCAGCAGCCGGAACCACACUGGCAGGGAUAAGUACGGACCUCCAGUCCGUACCGAGUACCGCCUCAUCGUGGAGAACUUGUCCAGCCGCUGCAGUUGGCAAGACCUCAAGGACUUGAUGCGUCAGGUAGGAGAGGUGACGUAUGCAGACGCCCACAAGGAACGCACAAAUGAGGGUGUGAUAGAGUUCAGGUCCCAGUCGGACUUGAAGAGGGCCAUUGACAAGCUGGACGGUACAGACAUCAACGGACGGAAGAUUCGUCUCGUGGAGGACCGGUCUCGCAAACGAAGGUCUUACUCCGGCAGCCGCUCCAGAUCUCGUAGUCGCCGCCGCUCCCGCAGUAGGAGCCGCAGAAGCUCCAGGAGUCGCUCCAGGUCUCGUUCCCCUGGCAACAAGAGACGUCGCCAUUCCCGCUCCAGAUCUGGAAGGAAGUCUCGCUCCAAGUCGGGAGGAAGCAAAUCACGAUCUCGCAACCGCCGGUCCCGUUCUCGGUCCCGUAAAUCUAAGUCCCGUUCACGCUCCCCCAAAUCCCGGUCUCCUUCAGCUGGCCGGAAAUCAAAGUCCCGUUCAAAGAGUCGCUCAAAGGUAAAGUCGGAGCGGGGUUCUCGCAGUCGUUCCAAGGAGAUUUGUGGCGACAAGUCUCCCAGUCAUUCAGCGUCCCCGAUGGCGAACGGGAAGGAGGAGCCCGUCGCUAAGUCUCCCUCCCGCUCCCCUUCGCCUCUCAAGGAUGACCGCCGAUCCAAGUCCAGGGAGAAACGCUCCGCCUCCCGCUCAAAGUCUCGCUCAAGGUCUCGCUCAGCUUCUCAGGAUUAGUGAUUAAAAACGGGAGCGUUUCUCUCAUUGUCGAGCUUGAUCCCUACGCUGUACAUAGUGAGCAGUGUUGUCAUACUGGCUUAUGCUUCCUGGCUCGUCUACUUUUCUCCUUCAAGUGUUCACUUGUCUUAAACAUGUUUUAGAUUCAGUUUCCUCAGAGGAUGCGCCACAGUAAUUAUUUUGAUUUCUGUAUCGUCUGCCUCUAAAAAUAAAACUCGAAAUAAGCUAGACUUAAAGUCUUUAGAGCUUUUGAUUUGAGAUCUGUUCCGAUAACUUCAACUUGACUGGUAAACCGUAGGUUUGUCACACCUGUCUGUUAUAGUCCAAAACUGAUUAUAGCUUAGUGAAAAUGAAGUUGUCUUUAUUUUACUUUCAUCAUUUUAGACACUCAGUUGUGACGGUGAUAGUUUGAUUUUUAGAUCCAAAAAACGUACUAGCAUUAUAAGUCCAUUGAUGUCUGGAGCAACCAUCAGACCGUUGUUUUCACAGUCAGCUGUGUGGUUGUGGGAGAAAAGUAACGUGUGGCCGGAGCAUUGGUGCAGUUUCCCUCUGUGAGCUGCAGUCUCAAUACUCUUUCUCAUGGAAUUGGCCGAUCUUUGUGUUUUGUGGUACUCCAGAAUGUACAUCUGGGAUGCAAGAACUUGUACUGCAGAACUGCAUAUUUACAAAAGAAUAAGGGUUUGUAUGUCAUGUUUGAACAACUUGCAUUCUAGGGGGACUCUUCUGAUCUUUUAACCUCUUGUACAUAAACAGUGUGAUCAGCAUCAAAAAAUAUUUCAUUCUUUGUUGCUACAUAUUUUUUUGUAACCUUGAGCAGUUAAUAUGUGGAAGAUCCUUUAACUUUCUGGAUAUUUUUUUUUUUUUUUUUUUUUUGGUUUGCUUAGAGCUCUAAAUGUCUUGUUUUUUUUGCUUUGUUUUGAUUGCAGCCCUGAUAGUUAUUUUCAUUUUCUAUUUCAUCUCUUCUGUGAGUUUGCUCCAGAGGUUGUUUUUGUCAAGUUUCUGCUUAUUUAAAGUGUGCCGCUAGUGCUGGAGUUUUUGUACUUAAAAGCUACACGAUUCAAAUCUCUGGAGUGUCUGUGUUAUUACAAACGCCAUCAGACU